CUAUGGGUAAAGCGUGGGUGUAGCAACCAAAAGCCCUCUCAUUGGGUCGUUGCUCUGUCGUCAUAUUUUUGCGACAUCACUUGACAGUCUGGUUUUUUUACUGGCUCAUGUUCUGAAAGCGCGAGCCAACGAGUUAAAUUCAUGUGUAACGUUGAGAAGGUCAGUAAGCGUGAGGAGAUAUGUCUCAACCAUGGCUAUGUCCUACCGUUUUACUCUGCAUUUACGGAUUUUUCUGCAGUUACAGACCUCUGGAACCUUUUUUAACUCCAUUUUUGAUGGGACCUGACAAAAACCUUACAGAGACAAUGGUUGUGAAUGAGAUCUACCCAUUCUGGACCUAUUCCUACCUUGUCCUGUUGUUUCCUGUUUUCCUGGCCACAGAUUACCUCCGCUACAAACCUGUUCUCAUUCUCCAAGCAGCCAGCUUCAUAGUGACUUACGCCUUGCUUGUGAAAGUCCGGAGCGUGCCUUCAAUGCAGUUGUUGGAGUUCUUUUUUGGACUUGCCACUGCCACUGAAGUGGCCUACUAUUCAUACAUCUACAGUGUUGUAGAGCCAUCUCAUUAUCAGAAGGUGACUGGCCUUUGUCGGAGUGUCACACUGUUGGGCUCGGCCAUUGGCUCACUAACUGGACAGAUUCUGGUGUCUGUAGGCCAGGUGCGCCUCUUUUACCUGAGUGUCAUCACGCUGGUGUCUUCAUGCGUUGCUUUUGUCGCCCCUUGGUUUCUACGCAUGCCCAGCAAGAGCCUGUUCUUUCACCAGAUAGAGGGCAGCUCUCAGGAUGAAGCAAUUAAUAAACCCAUGAACAGCAGCCCACUGAUCAGCACAUUAGAGGAUUCAGAAUCAAAAAUGCAACUUGUUUCAGACAAAAGAACGGUUCUGAAGAAGAGAACAAGCAGUGCUGGAUUACUUGAAGUGUUAAAAAUGCUCUGGGGAGACUUUUUGCAGUGUUACUCCUCUUCUACACUUCUGGCCUGGUCAGUUUGGUGGGCUUUGUCCACCUGCGGUUACUUACAAGUGAUCAAUUAUGCUCAGGCACUUUGGGAGAAGAUCUUGCCUUCCACGAGUUCUGAGAUCUACAAUGGUUAUGUGGAGACCAUUUCUACAUUGCUUGGUGCUUUAGCUGCCUUUGCGGUAAGCUUUGUGAAAGUGUCGUGGGCAGUAUGGGGAGAACUUGCUCUCUGUAUUUUCACUGCGGUAAUCGCUGUGUGUGUGUACCUCAUGGUCACCAUCGAAAAUAUCUGGGUGUGCUACACCUCCUACGUGCUGUUCAGAGCUACUUACAUGCUGCUGAUCACCAUAGCAACGUAUCAGAUUGCUGCCAAUCUAAGCAUGAAACGAUAUGCUUUAGUGUUUGGAGUGAACACUUUCAUUGCACUUCUACUUCAGACUCUGCUUACUGUGAUUGUAGUAGAUUCAGCCGGUCUGGGCCUGGACAUUUUCUCACAGUUUUUCAUCUAUGCUAGUUACUUUACUGCAGUGGCAGCGAUUUUCUUCAUCGCCUGGCUUUAUAAAUUAGUCGAAAGGAGGAGAUCUGGAGAACAGACUGACAAUGGACUAAAUGUAUUGGCCUCAACAGAAGUAGACGCUGCAGUCUCCAAAGACAUGAGACAUGUUACAGAAGCUUGAAUUUCCUCAAAUCCUCAUUCCUGUGCAUUUAAGCACAAGAUCAGUAAGUUAUAAUGUGUAUGAGUGGAUUCAGUUAGGAUUUACAAAUCAUGAAGGUUACUAAAGCAUUAUUCAUCAUAGAUCACAUAAUUAUACACUGUAGGUGACAAUUGUAGUUCACACAAUAUUUAUAAAUAAUGCACUGCACAAACGAACAAAUUGCUCUUAUGUAAAAACCAAAUUUUUAUGCCUUACUUUACUACUGUUACUUAAAAUUAAGCAAUUCGGUUGCCAAAAGAUGAGAUGGUUUGAGGUUGAACAUUUCCAUCUAAAAAUAAGAGAUCUUUUUUUAAAAACUGGAAUGUAAAAUACACCUUUUUUUUGUUAUUGUCACUCUCUAUGAACAGAGUAUGAAUUAGGGCCUAAUUUCUAGAGCAUUUGUAGAUUUUCAAUUAAUAUUAUUUUUUGUUUCAAGAGCAGUCAAAUUGAGUUUGAAAAUUGUUUUGAAAUGUAUAUAAAAUGUAGAAAAAAAUUUUUAGACAGGGCCACAACGUUUUUGGAUGAUUUUAAGACACACAUUUACAGGUUAAUUUCAUAAGUAAUGUAUUAUCAAAAUAUCCACAGGUCUCGCAUAAAAUAACUCAAGCUUAAUGCCAUGGGACAACAGAUUCAUGCAAAGUAUUCCACAUUUGUGGUACAUGUAAUGUUUUUUUAUUUUUAUUUAAUUGGGUAAUACUAUUUGGAUUUUGCAAUUGUUUUUUCCUGAACUGUGUACUGUUAUCUAAUUCUGUUACAAUCACCGCAAACCUAUUAUUAGUUUUGAAGAAAUGUUUCCGGGGAAAGUGGCUUAGUAUUACAUUUAUGGCUAUGCCAUGCUUAAAAUAUCUAAAGUAAAAUGUAACUUUCACAAUGAUACCUUGCAUAGCAGACUUCAUUUGAAGUUUGAAGAUGUUAGAAAAUGUGUGAUUGUAGAAAUGAAAUCACAAUUGCCAGCAUUAUUGCAAAGGUGUCCUUUAUUUAUGUUUAUAAUCACUGGUAACGGUUCAUUUGACGGUACUUUGGGAACUUGAGACCAAAACAGAGGUGUGUGAGUAUUGUGUAUGAGGGCAAUCUCAGAAUGUCCCCUGAAAGUUAUUUAUUUUUAUGUUGUGUGAUUCAAGUUGUGGGACACUAAAUGAGUGUCUUCUGUAGCACUGCACUUCAUCGUUUUUCUUUUGACUACUGUAGAGUUUUUUGAUAGAAAAGUAAAAACUAUUUAAUAAACUAUUUUUAUAAUUC